UGGACUCUCAGUAAACACAGGCAGUUAGUUAUUAACGGUGGAAACCCAGCGGAGCCGCGUCUCUGUCCAAAGCUCCGAGUCUUCACACGUUUGACUGACACCAUGUCCCGCCUCGUCCUCCUGGCGUCCCUCACCGUCGGCCUGUGGUCUGCGUCAGUGCUCAGCGUCUCAGUGUUCUCAGGCCCGGACGACGCUCACAUGCUGCUCCGCUCCCGUCGGGCCAACCACUUCAUGGAGGAGCUGAAACCCGCCUCCAUGGAGCGGGAGUGCGUGGAGGAGAAGUGUGACUUCGAAGAGGCCAGAGAGAUCUUCCAGACCAGGGAAGCCACAAUGGAGUUCUGGACCGUGUACGAAGAUGGGGACCAGUGUCAGUCCAACAUGUGUGUUAAUGGAACCUGUGUGGACCUGUUCCAAGCCUACACCUGCCGCUGUCACCGUGGAUACGAGGGCAGAUACUGUGACCAGCUUGUAACCGCCACUAACUGCUCUGUGGAAAACGGCGGCUGUUACCAUGAGUGCACGGAGAGCGAGGACGGCCUGACGCGGAGCUGCAGCUGUGUGAGCGGAUACAAACUGCAGGAGGACUCCAGGGAAUGUGUCCCGAAAGGUCCCUCGUCCUGCGGGCAGCUGCUGAUCGGCAGGUCGUCCUACACCAAGCCCAUGGAUGGUCUGCUUCCGUGGAUGGUGGCAUCGGAGGUUGGGAAAAAGGGGGAGAGUCCCUGGCAGGUGUUGUUAAUGAACUCCAAAGGAUGUUUUGAGUGCGGCGGCGUCCUCAUCGAUCAGAACUGGGUCCUGACGGCCGCUCACUGCCUCGACAACUACAUGAGAUUCAGCGUUCGACUCGGGGACUACGAGCGUCACAGACAUGAAGGCACAGAGAUGUUGCUGAAUGUCAUCAAGACCUUCAAACAUCCAGACUACAACAGCAUGACGCUGGACAACGACAUCGCCCUCCUGCGUUUGGAGACGCCCGCCCAAUUCUCCAACUUCAUCAUCCCUGUGUGCCUGCCGGGACAGGAUUUGGCCGAGCGGGUGCUCCACCUCAACGGCACCAUGACUGUGGUGACGGGCUGGGGCAAAGAAAGCCUGGAGAGCGUCCGCCUCAGCUCUGCGCUCAACGUCAUCAAGGUCCCGCUGGUGAGCCGCAGCAUCUGCUCCCAGCACAUGUCCGUCAACAUCUCCGACAACGUCCUCUGCGCCGGGAUCCUCGGCCAGAGGAUGGACGCCUGUGAGGGGGACAGCGGCGGCCCGAUGGUCACUUUGUACCGAGGCACCUGGUUCCUGAUUGGCCUGGUGUCCUGGGGCGAGGGCUGCGGCAGGGAGGACAAGCUGGGCGUCUACACCAAGGUGUCCAACUACCACGAGUGGAUCAACAGAGUGCGUGAAGAAUGGAAGAGUUGACCUCCACAACCACCGUCAGACAUCUGAACCACCUCCAGCCCCGAAGCUUAAUCCAGGCGGUCUUGAUGCUUUAAUACACUUUAAUAAAGGCAUCCUGUCUAAAGAGGCUGUGAUUACCGUCUUUGAUCUUUGUAUCAACUUAACCAUAAAAAUGGCUUAAAAAUAAUGACACCGUCCCGAGUUAAAGAUCAGUUAUCAAGUAUCUUGGUCCCCAGAGGAUGAAUCCCUAUGUUUCUAAUGAUUCUCAGAUUUUUCUUCUGGCGCCACCAACAGUUCAAUUUAUAUUUGACUUCAGUCAGUGGUUUCAUUUUGGCCUCGGUGGUGGAUAGUGGGAGGAAUUAAAGAACAAACAUGAACGACUCGAUGAAGGUAAACAAAUGCUAUCAAACCCCGCCCCCCCCACACAUGUUGUGAAGCUGUUGUGAAACCGUGGAAAUGUUGUGGCUAGUGGAGCGUGACCCAAGAAAGAACCAAUAAAGUUUUGUUGCUGACCAA